UUCUGUGUUGCCAAUCUUGGCAGUGAAAUCGCCUAUAAUAAGCAAGACCUGUAAGAGUAGGUUCAAUUAAUGAAUUUCUAAAGGCCUACACAGUUGUGACUUAUCAACGCAUCAAAAAAUUGAUAAACGGUCUUGCCACAGACCGCAUUGCGCCAUAUGGCUCGCCCUGAAGGAGUGGUCCUGAGAGACCUAGGCACCGAGCCAAAGACAGAUGUUAGUGACCUGGGUACUGCUACUGAACCGAAAGCAGACGGUAACGGGGGUACCAUAUCCGACAGCAUCGCGGAAAAGCCAACCGACUCGCAUGCGCUGGCAGUCGAAGCGACAGUCAUCGAGGGUGGCAACCUGGUCGACCAUGGCUGGAACAGGGAGCCGGGGGAUGUCGCCCGCCUAGUAGAAGGGCUGAGCAAUGAGGAUUUUUGGGUGCUCGUGAGACGCUUCAAUAAGCAAGUGUUUUACAUCAAGGAGACCGGCAAGAUCCCGCCCAGCGGCUUGGAUUUGAACUUGGCCGACGAAGCCGAGUUCUCUGCCAACAAGUUCCGUAGCCAGAUCGAGAGGCUAUACAUGGGGCCGCUCCUCGGAAUGCUCGCAGGUGUGAAGCACAUCUCAAGGUUGCGUUCCUGGCUUGAACCACAGAGAACAGGCGCAUUCUGUGCAGUGUACUUCGCGGCGUGGUACUUCAACAUCCUCAUCGCUGUCCUUACCGCCACUGCGAUGGCACUAUGUGUUUCGCCAAGAGCUCGCAGUGUGCUGUUCCCGCCAGCCCCGAUGGCCUUGGUGGACAUGGCGACCGGCGGCUUGACAAAGCCUCGGGCCGGCGUGCUCGGCGCAACGGAUGCUGUGACGGGCGCGCCCGAGAACCUCAAGGGCGAAUCGGUUGAGAACGAGGCCAGCAACUUUGUGACGGGCGUGGUUGGGAUCGCCGUGAACACGCUGACUGCGCAGGACCCAAAGUCUGAGCCGGAGAACCAGAAGGGAGAGGAGCACCCUACCGACAGCAUGCCGCAGCCAAAUCAGGCGACAACCCUGUUUGCUGUGGCCAAAGACAGAGCGGCUGGCGUAAAGGACCCGUCGCAUGACAAGACGAAGUACCCCAUGGAGACCAUCAUGUGGUCCAAGAUGCUGCCCGCCCUGCGGCUCCUGCACUUCAUUUCGGACAAUUGGGAGCGCGUCGCAAAUGCACUGGACCCAACGCCCCCUUUUCCCCGGGAAACGCACCGAGUCCGCCUCGCAGGUCUUCUGUCUCCCGUCCUCCUACUCUCCAUCCUCUUCUCCGCAUCGUCAAUCGUGAAAGCCAUCACAUUCCUCACCGGCGUCGUGUUCUUCAGCGACCCCCUAAUCCAGCGCGCCACCCAUUGGCUCGACCGCUGGCACCCAGUCUGGACGCAGCUGCUGCGCCCGGAGGCGCACAUCCUGCACGGCGUACCGAACAACGCCCAGCUGGCCCUCACGCUCCUCCGCCUGGGCGAAGCCCACGGCACGCCCUUCCCGCCAGCCCCGAGCACCGACAAGAACCCGCCCAAGGAGCCGCUGCCGCUCUCGGGGUCCGACAUGUCCGCAGACGGCGCCAACGCGCCCCUCGGCGCCACGCAGGACGAGAUCGAGCGCGCCGAGGCCGCCGACCCGGACAAGCUCGACCAGGCCGGCGGACCGGACUCGGAGAUCAAGGACGUCGGCGGGCCCAAGACCAGCAGGUUCCUGGCGUUCGUCAAGGGCAGCACCAAGCUGGGCGUGCGGGCGGCGCUGCAGGCCGACAAGCUGCGUGCCAAAGCCGGGCGCGAGAGCGCCAAGAACCGUCUGGGUGCUGUCCCCGCCGAGGGUGCCGGUGACGAGAGGGAGGGGCCGGCGGAGUUUAGUGCCCGCUGGGAGGGGAAGCCUGGGCAUGUGAAGAUCGGGCCUGGCGGGGUGGUGGCGUUCAAUGAGGACUGGCGUGUUCGUGCCGCGGAUAUCACCGAGUUGAAGAAGCAUAGCGGGAUUGGUGUCAAGACCAAAUUGGCGGUGGGCUGGGCCAUGGAACGCGACGUCGCUGACGGGAUUGAGAUCAAGGACCGCAACGGGAACGCCUAUGUCCUGUCAGCUGUGCCGCUGAGGGAUCAGCUCUUCAAUAGGCUGUGUGCUAUGGGUGGGCAGAAGUGGGAGGUUUGGUGAACGGAGAGAGCGCAAGUAGCAGAUAUAGAUGAGCGUGUUUAGCAGGAGGCAUAGCAUGAUCUUAGAAAGCCAGCUAUUCAAUUGCGUUGCAAGAAUGGAACACAUAGAAGCGUUCAGUUUUUGCCUUUCCGGGCAAUGUACCUAGCUUAUUCACAACGGCGGUCCUGAUCCUAGUUGCCUUGGAUCCUGGCAAGCGUGGGCAACGUGACCGUUUCUGGUGUAUAGUAUCCCACGACCAGAAUCAUAGAUAUGUGCAUCGUGAUCCGGCCUUGCUCCCGCGCUGGUUCUGUUUUUGGAUUACUAUUUGGUGUUUCCCGCGAUCCGGUACCUUGCGUCCUGGUGUCAUCGCGCUCUGAGUCUGAUAUCUUCACGGUCUGAUCUUGCUCGCUAUGCUCAAUGUGAGAGCCUGGACCCGACCGGCCGGGUAGACCGGGGCGAGCCCCGGUC